UAGGCAGGAAGUAUGUUACAAAGCUACCGAACCGGACCGUCCACUUUUCGCUUGCAGAGGCAGCAAGUCCUGAGUUCUCUUCCCGCGCAAGUGACAACUUCCCUGGAACUUGGAUUACGCAGAAGAUUCUAAUUUUUUAAAAACUUUAUUUUCAGGCAAUUUCCCCCGGAACCAUUUACUUCCAGAGGAUCGAGGGAGUUGGACCUGAAGGCUGGCCAUGGCAUCUCAAGGUCGAAGUCUGAGUUUCUCUUCAGAUGAUAAUGGUCAAUCAAACUUCCGGGGGAAGCUUCUGACUAUUGAUUCAAAGCUGGGGAGCCAAGAUGUGGAGGCCUUGAAGUUUCUCUGCCGAGACUGCAUCGCCCACAAGGAGCUGGAGAAGGCCAGCUCGGCCUCGGACAUCUUUGAUCAUCUGUUGGCAGAGGAGCAGCUGAGCGAGGAAGACUCCUUCUUCCUGGCGGAACUCCUCUACCUGAUCAAGCAGAAAUCGUUGCUGCGCUACCUCAGCCAAACCAAGGAGCAAGUGGAAAGUUUGCUGCCCACCCGAGGGAGGGUCUCUCUGUUCAGAAAGCUGCUCUACGAACUGUCAGAAAGCAUCAGCUCAGAUAACUUAAAGAACAUGAUCUUCCUUCAGGGGGACUCGAUUCCCAAAAUCCAGAUGACCUCGCUAAGUUUCCUGGCAUAUCUGGAGAGACAAGGUCAAAUAGAUGAAGAUAAUCUGAAGUUACUGGAGGAUCUCUGCAGAAGAGUUGUGCCUAACCUUGUGAGAAAGAUAGAAAAAUAUAAAAGAGAGAAAGCCUCCCAGGCUCCUCCCACACGUGUGGUAGACAAGGAACUUGUGUCAUUGCCCCAAGGAGAGGAAGAAACGUUCCCCUGUUAUAACGUGGAACCGUUGUUAGAAGCCUUACCGGAGGCAGGUGUGUACAGGAUGAAUCGGAAACAUAGAGGCCACUGUGUGGUUGUCAAUAACCACUCAUUUACCUCAAUGGACGACAGACCAGGGACUGAUAAAGACGCUGAGCACUUGAAGCAUGUGUUUGAGUGGCUUGGGUUCAGCGUAUGUGUGUAUAACAACGUGACCAAAGGACGUCUAGACGAGGUUCUGCAGGAAUACAAGUGCCAUCCGGGCCAUGCUGACGGAGACUGCUUCGUGUUCUGUGUUCUGAGCCAUGGGAAAUACGGAGCUGUCUACUCUUCGGAUGAGUUCCUCGUUCCCAUUCAGGAGAUCAUGUCUCACUUCACAGCCCAGAAAUGUCCCAGUCUGGCUCAUAAGCCCAAACUCUUUUUCAUCCAGGCCUGCCAGGGGGAAGAGAUACAACCUCCUGUAUACAUUGAAGCAGAUGCUGUAAAUCCUGAGCAUGUGGCCCCUUCCCUUCGGAAGAGUAUUCCCAAUGAGGCGGAUUUUCUUCUCGGCCUGGCCACUGUCCCUGGCUACCUAGCCCUUCGGCAUGUGGAGAACGGCAGCUGGUAUAUCCAGUCUUUGUGUAAUCAUCUGAAGAGCUUGGUCCCAAGAAAUGAAGAUAUCUUGUCCAUCCUCACCGCUGUCAACCAUGAUGUGAGUCAAAAAGCAGACAGUAAAGGAAAAUGGAAACAGAUGCCCCAACCUGCCUUCACCCUACUGAAGAAGCUAGUGUUCCCUGUGCCCCCGGAAAGACUUUAGUAAGAGAAAGUUCCGUUGGCUCUUCGACUUGAAAGGAAGCUUUGGUCAGCCAUUCCAACCUCCUGCCCCUCAUAGGAAUCUGUGACAGACGGUGAGCUGACCUCUGUCUGUCUGUCAUUCUAAUAACUGGAAAUACCCUAUUUUCUGACAUGGCAAAUUCUUUCUUUUCUUUUUUCUUUUUGACAAGCCUGAGUGUUAGAACACUUUCUUUCUUGAAGCUUCGAAUGGUAGUCUUGGCUUUAGUUGUGUGCCCUGAGAGAAGGCAGCUCGGCCUUGGUUUGUGCAUCCGUGAGGGAAAAGGUGGAACGAGGUACAUUUUAAGAUUCCUUUGAGCUCCAAGAACCACUGUCCUUAGCCUUAGCUGAGCUCGAUUACUAUCUACAUGACACCGCUCUGCAUGGCCUUGUUUUGGACCCUGGAUUUUGGUAGAGAGCACGCACGGCUCUCCCCUUCCUAAGGCUCCUCUCCCGCACACCUGCCCAGGUGGAAAUUUGGCCCGUACGAGGCCCGUUUCCUGCUUUAGUGUAAGGAAGGUGUUCCUGCACGAGCUGUUGCCCUCGGCGUGGGUGCAGGUUCGGCUCCAGAGUGCUGACCGCCUGAAUGAAGAGACACACACUCGACCACUCUGGGAGCAGAGACUCUGCACCGUGAGGUUGACCCCACGUUGGGCAGAACGUCUCGGAUGCCAGUGACAGAACCUUCACGUCAAGCCGACUAAAGCAAAGGAGGGGAUGGGUUCGUCUCAUUUGUCAAAAAACGCACAGAUGCGUGGUGCCAGCUUCCUGUGAGGCUUGAAUCCGGACUCGGUCUGCACUGUCGUGCGUCCCUCUUGGCCGGGGUGUCUCGGUGGCCGCGCUGGGCUGACUGCGGUCAACGGCCCCUCCUCGUCACCCACGUGCUCUGUUCCUCCGGCCCAAAGGAUCUCCGGAGGAGAGCGGCAGCCUGACGGUCGGAAGCUGUCCACGGGGCUGUCGUUCGCUCCUCAGUCAGAGACUUGUCUGGCUGUGCCUUGGGGCGUGUGCUUCUACUUAGAAGCCCUGAUAUUUUUUACAUUAAGGUUUUGAAUAUCUUUAUUUAUGUGAACUUUUUUUUUUCUUUUUCAAUUUCAAGAGGAAUUCCUUUUGCAGCUCCUGAAGGAGGGAGGGUGAACGUCCUCUCCUUAAGGCCUUUAUUUCCAGACGAAGAAGUUGGGGCCUCAGGAGGCCAAAGAGAUUCACUACGGUCCCUGUUACUGUUUACAGGAUCUGAUUUCCCACUGGAGGGAACUGGGAUGUCAUGGGACCCAGCAGGGCUUUAGGAAUGUUUCCUUAGAUAUGCAGAGGUUCAUGAAAGAUGUCAGGGAAUGAGGACACAUCACUCUCAGUGAUGCCCGAUUUUGUAGUGAAUCCUGUGGAAGUCGCAUUAAUUUGUGGGGUAUUUUCUGGGAGAAAUAGUCAUAUAAGUUUUUUAUACUUGUAAUGACGUGGAUGGAGCAAAUCAUUACAUGGGCUCCUUCGCCACGGAAAGGAGCCCAAAUCAGAUCAGAAUGAUCUUCCAGAACCAGUGUUCAUACAAGUCAGAACUAACGGCUGGUGAUUAAUCUUUGCCCAGUUGAAUAUAUGCAGUUUUUAGCCAUUUCAUAAAAUUCUGCGAGUGAAGGAUGGUGUGGUUCAAAACAAAAAGUCAAGAAUCCGGACAGGGAAGCCUGGGGUUUCCCUUUGGUCUUGUGACCCCCUUGCUCUGAGACACUAAAUCCAGCUGGUUUUUCGAGCCUUAUCUAUGAAGUAGAGAAAAAUGACCUAUUUAAGAUAGGGAUUUAGGGGAAUAUAUAAUAUAUGUAUAUUACAAUAAAUAUAUUAUGUAUCUCUCCACUUACGUGCAGAGGUACAUAGAAGACCUUUAGGUGGCAGUAACAUUCAUGGAAACAGCAGAAUUUGAGUUCCUUGGCGUCUAAUUCCAGCUGAAUCGUUGCAACAAGUCACUCUAGCAAUCCCCACUGAGGUCUUCUGAGGGAAACACUGGUUCUGUCCUCACCGAUUCACAGUGUCCCCUGCAGCAACAGGCCAGCUCUUGGCUCUGAACUCAGCUGGGAAAAACACUAAGGAACUCUCCUUCAGCAGCAACAUUUGGGGUUUGAUGCCAAGGUCCCCCCAGUCCCGUGGGUCUAUUCCAUAUUUCUGUUGUGCUGGAUCUUAGAGCCUAAUGCAAGGUUAAAUUCAGCCCACAAGUUGCUUUUCAGAGCUCUCCGGCAAGCCCUGAGUCGUCACUAGACGUUGAUGACCGCAAAUCAGAUGGGCAGAUGCAGACACCAGGAGCGCCCCCAUCCUUCAGUCGUUUUCUCCUAAAUGGAGUGUGUACGCACUUGUCCCUUGUCUGUCUGUGUGUGUCUGUGUGUCGUGUGUCUGGGGAUUUAGAGCGAAACACAGGAGGGGAUUUGGUCCCAGGUAUAUGGCAGUGGCUGUAGACACAGUCUGCCCAGACAUGGACGAAUGAAAUGCGCAAACUGAGUGAGGUCUUCAUACAUUUUGCCUUGUUGUGAUCACCCUACGAGUGCUAUAAUUAAUUUUUUCUCUCCUUUCUUUUUUUUUUUCCUUUCUCUCAAAAGUUUGGCUUCGACCAAACCAGAUGAAGAACUUAUAGAAUCUUAUGCAAGUGUUAGUUAUUUAAUAGUACUACUACUACUGGUGUUUAUUAUCAGAGAUACUAGUCACCACAGCAUCCUCUUGGCCUUUGCUGUGGGGCCUUACCAUGCUCGUGGGCCUGUUUGAUAUCACCAGGGCUCCCCUUAGCCAGGGCUCAGGUAGUGCCAACAGGCAGCAGGUACAGUGUGGUUACUGAUCGUCAGAGCAGACAGUGACCAGUAUAACACUACGGGGGGUACCACUGAACAGCACCCCUUCCAACGACCUGGUCUGCAUGGUGGGAGACCAAAUGAGAAGUCGACCUCGUUUUGUAGGUGAAUUUUGUGCCGUACUUGAGUCCUAAAAUCUUCCUGGACCGAUACCUUCUGAGUGAGUUAGUCAUGUUCUUAGCCUGGAAUUCUCAGGUCCUUCGAGGUUUGUGGAUUUAUUCUCAGGGUCUAUGAGCCUUCCACCUGCCGUUUGAAAUGCUGUAAUUUUUUUUGGUGAUAAUCUUCAGUUACUAGGUGGAUCCUGUCUCUUCUGUAUGAUCACUUUGUAUUUUAGCACGGACAAAUAACUUUUGUGCCUGCAUCCCAGUGCCCCCAGGAAGUGAUGAACUUUACUUUGAACUCUCUAAUGUAUCAUAGAUUAGGGUUCAGGGCCAAAGGUUCUCAGACCUGUUGGCAGGUACCAGUAGUUAAUCUGUCUGGAACAAGCUCCAGUCCAUCCUCUUGAGCCAUGACAGACACCUAGUCCACCAUCCCCCUGCCCCUGCUUAACUCAGUGGAGGGAACUCACACUACACACAAAGCCAUGGCUUUGGGAGUUUGGAAGGACCCUUGCUAGAGAACCCACGGUCCAGGCUUCGGUGUCAAAUGGAAGGACUUGGAAUCGUGUAUAUCUCCUGUUUUGCAUCCUUGCCAUCUGGUUUCACUGUGAGACCAGCCCUCAUUGUCCUUUUCCCUGUUGUGAUUUGAACCUGCUUACAACCUACUUAACUAUCUUCCAAUAAAGCACAUGCUGCUUGUGACGAGUUACUUUGUUUCUGGUAGGGUCUGGCUCUUCUCACAAGUCUGUAGUUUGCCUUUAAGGAUGUGGUAAGAAUAUCACAUUUGUGGGCAAGACACAUUUGUAUCUUUCAACAGCAGCUACAUUUCUGAAAAUGAAAUCCUUUUUUAAAAGUAGGAGGAGAAAUUCCUUGUUUAAAGAAAGACUGAUUUGCCAGUAUAAACAACCACUUUGUAACAUAACUUUUGCAUAUGUGAAUUUUUAAAAGGAUUUUUCCUCUGUUGGAAUUUUGAAAUCAUAUGAAUUUUUACUCUUUAAAUCUAUUUUUGUACAAGUGAUAUCUUUACAUUGCCCAAAGAGAAUACAAAAGAGGUUUUCAGGAUAACUUUUGCCUGCAUUUCUCUCCACCAAAUGCCCAGUGCUCCCACCUCUGAAUCCCAGAGAUAAUUGAAAGGAUUUCUUAAUGCAGAUGCAAAUACAGCAAAUACAAAUACAUGUGUAUUUUAAAGUAAGCAUUUCUUGAAACAAAGCACAUACACUGUGAAACUCAGAUCUCUCAUUUGAUCUCAUUUUAAAUGAUUCUGUGAGAUGCCUGGAAAUAUUUGUACAACCCUACAAUGGGAAUAACUAUGAGGUUUGUGAAUGGUUCCUUGUAAAUAGUAGUAAUUGUGUGGCCAAUAAAUAAAGGGAUUUUUUUUCCUUUUUA